GCAGAGAUAAACCUCUCGAGGUUCCCCGGCGGCGCCCCCAAGACUUGAGAUGGAUGGAGCGGAUUUGCAUGAAGCGCAAGGCGAGAGGGAGAGAUGAAGCAUCUGCACAGCGAGCACUUCUUGCUCACAUCGCUGCAAGCUAACUGCGUUGCAUCUGCUCCCUCAACAGCAGCGGGUAGGAAGCAGAGGUUGUUUUUCAAGCCGCCGUAGCCGUCAUGGAGGAUACGCUCACCUGCUGCAGCCAGGGGGCCACCUUCUCUCAGGUGUUCGGACGCCAGGGGCAGUUGAUGCAAGCCACCGUGCAGUCCCUCAACAGCCUCAACGACCAGAUCGCUCAGUUCAUGGUGAGCCGGCCGAGGAUCCUGAGCCGUGACCAGCGUGACUUCCUGACCGGGGAGCAGGAAGGGGACCCCUUGACCAAGUCCAUGACCCUCAUGAGACACCUGCUCAUGGACGCACAGGGGAAGAUCCUCAAAAUGAUGGAGGACAACAAGCAGCUGGCCCGCCGCAUCGACGGGGCCAUCCGCUCGGCCGGCCAGGAAGUCAGCAACCUGCGCUCGGAGCUGACGGCCACCAACUGCAGGCUGGCCGGCCUGGGAGCCGGCAGCCCCGCCGCCUUGGAGAACCACCACCACCGGCAGCACAAGCACCACGCUGACAGCCUCCGCUACAGGGAUCCAGGCGUGCAUCACAGGCAGAAGACGGUGGUGACCGACAUGUGCUACCCGGCCGAGAUUUCCAGCCUGAUGGACUUUGCCUCUCCCGACUGCUCGCUGGGCAAAGUGUUGUUGCACGAGGAGGUGGCCCAGCUACAGGAGGAGGUGCACCUUCUGCGGCAAAUGAAGGACAUGCUGGGCAAAGACCUGCAGGAGGAGUCGCAGGGAGGAGGCACCGCGGGCCUGCUGUCCGCAGCCGAGCUCCACGUACAGCUGGGCGACAAGGAGCAGGAGCUGGACCGUGCCAAGGAGGCCUUGCAAGCCAUGAAAGCCGACCGUAAACGUCUAAAAGGGGAAAAGGGCGACCUGGUGAGCCAGAUGCAGCAGCUGUACACGACGCUGGAGAGCCGAGAGGACCAGCUCCGAGAAUUCAUACGCAACUACGACCAGCAUCGGAAGGAGAGCGAGGAUGCGGUGAGGGUGCUGGCCAAGGAGAAGGACGUGCUGGAGAGGGAGAAGUGGGACCUUCGGCGCCAGACCAAAGAGGCCACGGAGCAGGCCAACGUCCUGCGCUCUCAGCUGGACAUGAAGGAGAACAGGAUCAAGGAGCUGGAGGCCGAGCUCACCAUGGCCAAGCAGUCUCUGGCCACGCUGACAAAAGACGUCCCCAAGCGCCACUCGCUGGCCUCCUCCACCAACGCCGGCGGCGCCGAGCCCGUGGUCAACGGCAGUCAGGAGUGGGUGACGCAGACCGACCUGCCGCUGACCGCCGCCAUCCGGCAGAGUCAGCAGACCCUCUACCACGGGCACAACGCCGACAGACAAGCCGUGGUCAGGAUCAGCCCCUGCCACUCGCGCCAGCCGUCCGUCAUCUCUGACGCUUCGGCCGCCGACGGGGACCGCUCGUCCACACCCAGCGACAUCAACUCCCCCCGCCACCGGACGCACUCCCUCUGCAACUCCAUGGAGGACCUGGAGGAGCAGAAGCGUAAGAAGAAGAAGGAGAAGAUGUCGCUGGGCUCGCUGUCGCGGGUCUUCGCCCGAGGGAAGCAGCGCAAGUCUCUGGACCCGGGCCUCUUUGAUGGUACAGCCACACCCGACUAUUACAUAGAGGAAGAUGCCGACUGGUGAUGCUGCGUGCGUGCGUGCGUGCGUGCGAGUGUGUAGGAAAUGGGCUUCUUUCGAGGGGGAGGCAUCUCAUUUAAAAAUAAAAAGUCCAAAAGCGACUGCUAUUCCACCAAAUGUACAGUAUAUUAUACCCUUCAAAUUGUAUGUAUGUAAAUGAUAUAGAUAUAUUUAUAGAUGUACGCAUAUGUAUAUAUGUUUACAUGCAUAUAAAUAUAUACGCAGAGUUAUCAUCAUGUGUAUUUGUAGACAUGCUGUAUUUUCUUGUCUUUUUUUUUUUUUUUUUUUUUUUUACAACUCGAGACUUGAAGGACUGCUGUUCAAGUGUAAAUAAUUUGUGUUUUUAACGUUUGUUUGUUUAUUGUUUUUACUUAAUCACGCGUUACAACAGCAUUUUAGUCGAUAAAUCCAUUUCACUUUCAUGUGGGGAGUGGGGGGGCGGCAGCUCAAAAUGGCUAAUUAUGGAGUUAUGCCUUGUCGGUGGCGGGGAUGUAAUGAAAAAGUGAAAUAAUAAAUAGCUGACCGUAACAUCGCGGGAAGUUGCCUCAUUUUCUCAAAUAGUGGCCUCAGUUUUAUUACACACCUCACUUCCGAUAAGUACACAUUCAAAAUAGAUAUUUCACAAAACUGAUACAUAAUCAUAUUUAUGAAUCAUUACCAUGAAAUAUCCGUUAUUGGAAUACAAAUAUUGUGUUAGUACAUGUGCUGUAAUAACUUUUUUAAUGGCUUUUAAUGAAGUAUUUGUUUAUGAAGGGGGAAAGAUAAAGAAUAUUAAAUAUGAUGACCUAUGUAUAAAAAAUUGUAUAGUGAUUAACAAAUGUAUAUCAGACCCCUCAAUAUAAGUCGCUUAAUGGCGAUAAUUACACAUAUUGUCUAUUAUGUCAAUACAUCCAAUUUUAAAUGCUAAGAUAUAUUCUUGUUUUCUAUUCAGUUUAUUUUCUGUUUGAAGAUGAAAAUAGAAUGAUAAAAAUGUAAAGGACAAUAUAUCCUAAUAUGUCAAACAAUAACAUGCAUUCUAAAGAGGGAAAAGAUGUUUUAUUUGUUGAGUGUCCUUUAAUUUAAAAUGUCUGAAUGAAAUCUCUUUAUAACUGGACAGCCCCUUUCUACUAGCUGGUCUAAAUAACGGGUAAAGUGCUGUACAGUUAUUUAUUUGUAUAAAAAAUAGAUUCAAACAAAUGUACGCUAUAGUAUUGAAUAUGAAUAUAAUGCUUUUGUAUAGAUGAAAAGAAAAUCUCUUCCUCCUAAAAAAAAAAAGUGUUCUAGUUUUUGUAGAGGAUACUUUUUGUUGUACUGAAUUCAUGGAAUGACAAUAAAUCCAUAUUUGAGGCUUUUUUUUUUAUUAAUUUUGCCACUGUUUGGGAAAGUUUGGUAAUUUAGUGUCAUCUAAUUGUUAGCAUUCACUGACUUCAUUUCUGCCUGAGAGCUAACAUGCCGAUAGGAGAUGAAUGAAUGUGUGAAAAAAAAUGUUUAUGCAUUCAUUCGUUCAUUCCCCCCGUGAGUGCGUUCAUCACUUUGUUGCUUGGUUUGUCCGUUUUGUGCCCCCCCCCCUUUAUCCCCGUCCCUCCCGUUCUCCUGUCGUGUUGCUUCGUUAUCCUGUUUGUGGAGAACUCUUCCUAAUACUGUUUAAUGCUUUGUAACGUGGGCAACAUGGAAUAAAAGAUGAAAUCUAUGGAAGUAUUUUAUUUUGAAAUUCAAGGGGAAAAAAUAUCUGCUGGGGCUGGACAUGAAAUCUUAUUUUCUAAAAUAAAACUACAG